AAGCGACGUUCUGCACAUCUCGCGCGCGACGCUGUGGAAUCCGAUGGACCUGAGCCGCCGAAACCGGAUAACUUGUUAACGCUGGCCGACCUUCAAAAACCGUCUGGAUUCUGGAAGUUGGAUGAGGAAUUGGCGAAAACCAUUCAGCUGACUGUGGACAAGAUCAAAUCCACAAUUCCGCCACACUGUACGUGGGUUGAACAAAUGUGA